AUGCCUGUACCCCAGAUCAGUUCCAAUGCAAGACGAGCGGAAUUUGUAUACCUGCCUCAUGGAAAUGUGAUGGACAAAAGGAUUGUGAUGACGGCUCCGAUGAACCAGCAUUUGGAUUGUGAUGACGGCUCCGAUGAACCAGCAUUUGGUUGUAGCGCAAACACAUGCAAAGAGGACCAUUUCAAGUGUGAUAACGGGCGAUGCAUACUUAAUUCAUGGCUUUGCGAUGGUGAGAAUGACUGUGGAGAUGGAUCCGAUGAAUCUGCCGAACAUGGCUGCAAGAAAACUCAGCCAUCAAGACGUUGUCCAUUCGAACAGGUGCCAUGCGAGGGCGCACCCGACGUAUGCAUACCGUUGACUGAACUUUGCGAUGGCAAACCACAAUGUCCUGGUGGUACUGAUGAAGGAGGAAGAUGUGCUCGUGAUCUUUGCUCCGCUGAUCGUGCAGGAUGCGCUUUCAAAUGUCAUAAUAGUCCGAAUGGGCCAUUAUGUAGUUGUCCAUUUGGGGAGCAGCUAGUAAAUAAAACUAAAUGCGAGCCAGAGAAUGAAUGUCUGGAUGCCAGCUCGUGCUCACAGAAAUGCACGGAUGAGAAACAUGGUUUCACUUGCAGCUGCGAAGAAGGCUACACUCUUGAUGCUGAUAAACGAACAUGCAAAGUUACCGAAGGCAAUCAGGAUAUGCGUGUUUACAUAUCUAAUCGUAACAGAGCAACGGAUCGAUUCCGCUUUUUCCAUGAUCCAACGCCACAGAACAGAACUUACUGUAACGUCUCGGCUUCUUCUUAUUUAUCAUAUGAAACAGGAACUUGA